AUGUUUUUGAUGAAAUAUGAAAUUGCAACCAACUAUUACGAUUAUUUAGCUGACGAUAGCCAGAGAGAAUAUGGGAUUGCUGGUGAACUGAUGAACACGUUUAAUAGCAGUCCAGUUUCAUCAAAAAAGAAAAGGAGCUCAAGGAAAUUUCAACGCAGUCUUUCAUUAAUAGUAUCAAAAGAGGAACUGCAUGACUACACUCAGUCUAUGAAAUCCAGUUGGUCUAUGGGAGCUGCGAUACACGAGUCAAAAUCUGGAACCAAUAGCAAAUCUCAGAAUUACGAAGAAGUUAUGGUAGUUGUUAAGAAUGAUGACAAAGAAAACAUACCUCUUUCAGUGAAUCAAAAACAGCAUUUUUUAAAUGAAAAGCAGCAGCCAAGUAAUUUCGUCAUACCCAUUCAAAGAAAAUCACCUCAGCAACUUCACGAUUUGGUAAAUGAAGACAUAGAUGUCACAAUCACUCCUCAAAAGGAGUUGCUAUGCUUAGCGGAACCAGGAAUAGCAGGAUGUGCAUUGGCAAAUUUUGGAGGAAGCGAUGCAAAUAAGGAACUAAAAAUAGCCAUUUCGCCAACAAGAAAAAGAAAAAAAUCGUAUGACAUUGUGGAUUUAUCGCAAAAUUUAAUCGAAUUAGAUGUUGAAGAAAAUAAAGGACUAAAAAGAAACAAUACUUCGACAUGCUUCGCUGAUUUUCGCGAAUACAGUGAAACGAAUCCGUCGGUUUCCUAUUAUUCGGAAUCUUUCUUUCCUCAUAUAAAUGGUUUUCAAGGCAUUAAUGUCGAUAAACUUUGUCAGUUAAUGGAAUCUGUAAAAUCAAAAGAUUGUAUUUUAGUGGAUUGUAGAUAUCCAUAUGAAUAUAAUGGUGGCCAUAUAAAAGGCUCGGUUAACAUUUACGAUCCGACAACCGUACAGGAAUUCUUUUUUCCAGAAUGCCCAAAUCGUUUCAUGGAUAUAUCAUCCAAAUUUCCAAUACUCUACUGUGAACACUCCAAAAUCAGAAGUCCGCGAAUCGCAAUGAAAAUCCGAUAUUUGGAUCGAUUACUUUCAAAGAAACACGAUGAACUCGUUUAUAGUGAAAUUGGUCUAUUACAGGAAGGAUAUCGAGCGUUUUUUAAAUAUAAAAAGCAAUACUGUGAACCUCAAGGAUAUGUUCCAAUGUCUGGCAAGAAGAGCUUUUCUGAUUUUCCGAUAAUGCCUAUAACUCAUCUUUUACGCAAUAUGAACUGCAAAUGUUUUCCGGAUAAUGAGAAGCAUGAAUUAUCUGAACAUCCUCUUGACUGCCCGAGAAGAAGGCAAUUACGUAGAAGUAGAACGGCCCCCACAGAAACGGCUUCGAAUCCUUUUUUGUCAUUGAAAACUCCACCACAGAAACGAGCCAUGACUGAUUUAUUCCAUUAA